AAAAGAGGUGUUUGCAGAGAUGACCCAUUUACAAGCUGGACUUAGUCCAGAGACUAUAGAGAAAGCCCGCCUAGAACUGAAUGAAAACCCAGACAUUUUACAUCAGGAUAUCCAGCAAGUCAGGGACAUGAUCAUCACGAGGCCUGACAUUGGGUUUUUACGUACAGAUGAUGCCUUCAUCUUGAGAUUUCUCCGAGCCAGAAAGUUUCACCAAACUGAGGCCUUCAGACUACUGGCUCAGUACUUCCAGUACCGCCAAUUAAAUCUGGAUAUGUUCAAAAACUUCAAGGCUGAUGAUCCAGGAAUCAAACGGGCUCUGACAGAUGGGUUCCCGGGAGUACUGGAAAAUCGUGACCACUGUGGCAGGAAGAUUCUUCUGCUUUUUGCAGCCAACUGGGAUCAGAGUAGGAACUCCUUCAUAGAUAUCCUUCGUGCUAUCCUACUGUCCUUGGAAGUGCUCAUCGAAGAUCAGGAGCUUCAGAUAAAUGGCUUCAUUCUAAUUAUAGAUUGGAGCAACUUCUCCUUCAAGCAAGCCUCCAAGCUUACGCCAUCUAUCCUCAAACUGGCCAUUGAAGGGUUACAGGACAGCUUUCCUGCCCGUUUUGGAGGAGUCCAUUUUGUCAACCAGCCCUGGUACAUCCAUGCCCUGUACACGCUAAUCAAACCGUUCCUCAAAGACAAGACAAGGAAAAGGAUCUUUCUUCAUGGUAACAACCUGAACAGCCUUCACCAGCUAAUACACCCUGAAUGCUUGCCCUCUGAAUUUGGGGGGACUCUUCCUCCGUAUGACAUGGGGACGUGGGCACGAACGUUACUCGGUCCUGACUACAGUGAUGAAAACGAAUACACCCACACCUCCUACAACGCCAUGCACGUGAAGCAUGCGUCCUCCAACCUGGAGCGGGAGGCCUCGCCCAAACCCAUGAAAAGGUCCCAGUCUGUGGUGGAAGCCGGCACGCUGAAACACGAAGACCAGGGGGAAAGCGAGAACACCCAGCCGCUGCUGGCUCUGGACUGAGCUCCCAUGUGCCCAACGCACCCAGAUACAUUAACAGACUUCCACAGUACCAGAAACCCACAGAGCACACGACACACACACAUGAACACACACACGCACGUGUUUUGCUUGAGAACAAGUCCUUCAUGUUUCCUGAGCAAGUAACAACUGUCACCAGCUAUCUGUCUGCGCGGCUGACGCUGAGCAAAAAGAAAUUUCUAUUGACGCAGGAGUCUGUCCACAUACAAAGAUUUCUUUCUUUUUUUUUUUUUUUUUUGACUUAGAACAUUAAAAUAUUGGAAAUGAUGGGACUGCAUUCUCUGUUUAAAGAAACCAUGGUGUGUCAGUAGAAGUUUUCCCGAAGCCUCCAGGAGGGAUACCCAGAUUUAUAGAAGCGAAGGUGAAAUGCAUCUCAAAUUUAAACUUUGCACUAUAACUAGUAGUUUACUUUGGCUCAGAGGGCAGAAAUAGCAGCAUCUAUUGCUCAAGUCUUACAGAAAGAUUUCGCAUCAAGAAAAAAAAAUAGUGCCAGCGUAAUGCCAUUCAACAUGACAUUUUGUGACUGUCUCAUCUGUGCUGCUUAUAGGGGGUCAUUUAUUUCAGUAUCUAGCAAAAAUUAUUCUUAACUUUUGAAGCCCUUAUAAAACUGUCAGCUAACCAGAAUAUGCUGUGCAGGCAGCAGACGCACACAAUUUGAAAUGCAGUUAUUUAAUUUUAAUGACAUGUUUUUCCACUGGCAACUCGGGAGCUGGUUAGGGGGGUGUGUGUGUGUGUGUGUGUGUGUGCGCGCGCACGCGUGUGUGAAGGGGGGGUGCUAAGGAGACCCAUUGGACACAUUCACCAGUGAUUAACGGUUCAAUCCAAAUUGUUUCAUUUAGGCCACAACUGGAAAUGAAAGCUCUGCAGAUCCAUUUACCCCCUUCCCUCUUGCAGUCAGUGAAAGGUGUAGCCAAAGGGUACACUGACUGCAGAUGCGGGCCAUGCUUAAAAUGAGAAAGAAAAACUUAGAAUUAAUUAUUCAGUAGAAGCUUCUGCUAGAAAGACAUGUGGAAGAAUAGAAGAACUGAAAUGCCAAAGAUCAGUUUAUUAUUUCUCUAUCAUUUGCUCUAGCAGCAAAGAGCCCCAUCCCUUCAUUGAAAUGGAAACCGGAUUAAAGAAAUAAAAGAAAA